AUGCACCGAGCAACACGUCUGCUGCAACAACACGUCUGCUGCAACAACACGUCUGCUGCAACAACACGUCUGCUGCAACAGCACGUCUGCUGCAACAGCACGUCUCCUGCAACAACAUGUCUGCUGCAACAACACGUCUGUAACAUGUCUGCUGCAACAGCACGUCUGCUGCAACACGCCUGCUGUAACAACACGUCUGCAGCAACAACACGUCUGCUGCAAAACACCACGUCUGCUGCAACAGCACGUCUGCUGCAACAGCACGUCUGCUGUAACAACACGUCUGCUGCAACAACACGUCUGCUGCAACAACACGUCUGCUGCAACAACACGUCUGCUGCAACAGCACGUCUGCUGCAACAGCACGUCUGCUGUAACAACACGUCUGCAGCAACAACACGUCUGCUGCAAAACACGUCUGCUGCACACGCCUGCUGCAAUAACACGUCUGCUGCAACAACACGUCUGCUGCAACAACACGUCUGCUGCAACAACACGUCUGCUGCAACAGCACGUCUGCUGCAACAGCACGUCUGCUGCAACAACACGUCUGCUGCAACAACACGUCUGCUGCAACAACACGUCUGUAACAACAUGUCUGCUGCAACAGCACGUCUGCUGCAACACGCCUGCUGUAACAACACGUCUGUAACAACACUUCUGCUGCAACAGCACGUCUGCUGCAACACGCCUGUUGUAACAACACGUCUGCAGCAACAACACGUCUGCUGCAACAACACGUCUGCUGCAACAACACGUCUGCUGCAACAACACACCUGCUGCAAUAACACGUCUGCUGCAACAACACGUCUGCUGCAACAACACGCCUGA